AUGGCACAUCUCGCCCGUCUUCAAAAGCGCCUCGAUGCGCACGAACGACUUUUCACUACGGUCCCUGGGCUCGCAGAAUUCGUAUUAACGCUGAACACCACGAAUGAACAAACAUGCGCAGUGCGUAUGUGUUUUCUUCGCGGCGACCACUUCACAAGCGAUAGCUCCAACGGAACGCACCUAGAAUUCGUCGACGCCGAGUCCGCCCAGUCUUUCGUUAAGGUGCGCAAGAUGAUCCUUUCGGUCCCAACCAAAAUAACAAACGGCGAAACCUGUCGCCUUACUAUGUGGGAACCAAUCGACCUCUCACUCUUUGUCCCCGGCACGGUGUACGAGAUUCGCCACCUUUUCAAUUUCAGCAUGUAA